AUGAAAGACGAAAACUUUGGAACUGUCGACGACCUCGACCCUCGCGUCGCCUCAGAAUUAGGCUAUAUCGGAAAUACCCCCGCGUGGAUUUGUGCAGCAAAUAACCGAUUCUCCUACUAUCUAUACGUGUCACAGGACUACUACAAGCUCAAAAGUCUCAAUCUCAUGGUUCUUAUACAUUCCAGUUCACGCAACGCACCCGAGUUACGAAAACAGUUUGUCAGCAUAGCAGACGAAAUCCCAUGCAUCAUCCUUGCUCCACUGUUUCCGCUUGAGCUAGACGAUCCCUACAACAGUGGUGGCUACAAACUCCUCAAAUACGAUGGUGUUAGAUGUGAUCAAAUAUUACUUUCCAUGGUGGAGGAGGUCAGCGCUAGAUACAGACGGCUUGAGGUUGAGCGAUUCUUUUUGUUUGGAUUCAGCGGAGGUGGUCAAUUUGUGCAUCGGUUUGCAUAUUUGUAUCCUCAGCGGUUGAGGGCUGUCGCUUGUGGGGCUCCAGGAUCUCAGACUCUUCCUGACGUUACUUUGCCUUAUCCCGAAGGAGUGAAAGAUCUGGAGCAGAUAUUUGGGUUGGAAAUGCAGUGGCUGGAACUGUGCUCCGUUCCGGUAUUCUUUAUUGUUGGAGAUGCUGAUACUGAUACCUUCUAUGCUAUGGCGCGGGGUCGCAUUGUUGAUCCCACUCAACACGGCCGAUACGGAAUUACUGUUCGUCUGGAAAAUGCAUGGCGUGUAGCUGGUGCCAAUUGCUAUCUUCAUGUUGUACCUGGGGCUGCUCACCAGGAAGCAUUGAUGCUAGGCCCUGUGAUAUCAUUUUUCAUCCAAUGGCAAAAAUUUGAAAGAAAUGAAUAUAAUUCCAAGGUUGUUGGAAUUUAA